UACCUAACCUAUGUGAAUUUUUAUUUUUGUUUUGAGUUGACCAUUGUACUGUAGCUUAAUUUAACCUUUUAUAUAUUUUAAAUUGUUUAGUUCCAAAAUAUUUUGUGAAGUCCUGGAUAGUGACUGUCUUGACCCCUGGAAUGAAUUAAUUUAAAUUGAUAAGUAGUAGGCUGAGUUGAUCAAAGUGAAAGUAAUUAACUUAGCCUACACAGGAUAUCGUUAAGAUAACGAUUAGGCCUUUAUCUACCCAUACCCAAGAAAUCCAAUGACUUAUUGAUCAACCAUUUAGACCUAUUGUGAAUUAAUCAGACCUUAUAAUAAUAAAUAAUUAUGAACUUCUUAUGCUCAGACAGAUGCUGCAAGUGUUGUGUUUGUAGGAACAACUAUGGUCCUCACAAAAUCAAAUCCUUAGAAAAGCAUAUUUUUGAAAAACAUGCCAAACAAUAUUUAUACUGUGCUAUAUGUAACGUAUCAGUGAAAUCGCUGACAUCCCUUAAAAGACAUGAGCUUACGCAUAUGCCUGACUCACCUAAAGAAGGGUCUAAUGUAGAUGCAAAUGUGAACCUAGGUAUCAUGCAAACUGGACAGACAAAACCUACCAUACUGGUACAUCAGAAGAAGCUUGUCUAUCCUGAUGUCAAGCACAGAAUAAAGAGACCAAGGUCCGAGGACAAGUCCAAAGUGUGCAGUAUUUGUGGAAAGAUUUUUGCCAAACACAGAAAUCUGAAACAUCAUUACCUAAUACACACUGAGGAAAGGCCAUAUCAGUGCCAAAUUUGUGAUAAGACUUUUAGACAUAAAACUAGCCUCCAUAAACACAAGAGUGUUCAUAGUAAUGAAAAACUCUAUCGCUGUGAUUUGUGUGGAAAUAGUUUUAAAUCUCUUACAUCGAUGCGGACUCACAUAAGAAAGCAUAGUGGAGAGCGCCGUUAUAAAUGUGAUAUAUGUGACAAAAGGUUUUUAACAAAACCACAUCUAAAAGUACACUCUUAUGUCCAUGCUACAGAACUUCCGUUCAAGUGUACUGACUGUCCUAAACAAUUUUAUACCAAAUUCCAAUUCCAGAAGCACUCCGAAAAUCACAUGAAAAAGAGAAGAAAACAAAAGUGAAUUGCGUGCAG